AUGUCUUUACCACAGUAUCCAGUCACUGUUGUGAACACCGCAUUUUACCUCCGGCAACCAUACAAGAAUGAGAUCCGGGAACACUACUGCAUCAUCGCCAGGAAGGUUGUGGAUUAUGCUCUUGCGGAAGCCGAUGUUUUGGUCAGCUUCUGGUCCAAGGGAGACCCCAAGUAUGAUUAG